UAUUUUCCCGAGCUAAUUUUUUUGUCAUCUUCCCCAUAUGGGUUGUAAGUUAUGUGUUUGAUGAAAUGCCUAAAUGAAGUUUUAGUUUUUAAUCUUAAAAAUUCAUGUGCAUCAGUGCGCAUCCUGCAAAUUCCACGCUGGGUGUCUAAUGAAUGAUACAUGCAAGAUUUUGAUGAUAAUCAUUGUAACAAUUGAUUGGUAUUGAUAUCAUUUAUAUUCUUUAAUUAUUUUAAUCUAUUGUUCAACAGGAAGAAGCCCAGGUUUUUUGUUCAACAAGAAGAAACGCAGGUUUUUUUCUUGCUCUCUCUUAGUUUGUGUUUUUUUAUUUUAUUUAAUUAUUAUUAUUAUUAUUAUUAUUAUUAUUAUUAUUAUUAUUAUUAUGUAGUUGGGUGUCCUUUUUUAUGUUAUAAUGGCCGAGUGAACUUUGAAAUUUUUCUUUGAGGUUCCUAGUGUGUGUAGGUGGUGAUAACAAAGAAAACCAAAAAAGGUCUUAGAAGAUUAAAAAGGCUUUAAUAGGUCGAAUUGGUUGCCUUGAGCAGCCAGUGUUAACAUGCAAAGCCGGGUGGGGAUUCCAAUGAUAUGUCGGCUGAGGUUGUCAAGAAUUCUUGGAAAAAAAUAGCAAAGGAAUCAGUCGUGAUAAGCAAAGGGGAGGGCUCUGAUUUUGUGGCAAAAGCUGUGGAUUUAGCAGCCAGAGAAUUAAUAACAAGUGCAUCACUAGGACAAGUUACACAGGUACAGCUUGACCGUGCCAAGGUAUCCACGAAGUCUGCAGUUCUAAUGAAUUUAGAGUCCAUAGAUAUUAGAAGAGAGCUUGGAAUGGAAAUAAUUGAGGAACAUACGGUGAUGGAAUAUUCUAAGGUCAGCAAGAAAUGUGAAAAAUGUGGCCAUGGGGAAGCUACCUAUUAUACUAUACAGAUGAGAUCAGCAGACAAAGGGCAAACUACUUUCUACACAUGUACCAGCUAUGGUCAUCCGUCUCAGGAGAAUUAGUGGUUUACUUUAAGGUUAUGCUUAGUUUGGGAGAGAAAAGUGGAAGGAAAAA